AUGUCUGACACUUCUUUAGUUGGUACUCUAAUCGAGUACGUCCAAGUUGCUAUUGGUGCUUUCUUAGCUUUACCAUUAGCUCAAAGAGCUUCUAUCGUUAUCUUAGCUCCUUUUGUCUAUCACAUUACAUGGCAAUUACUAUAUUCUUUGAGAAAAGAUAGAGCACCUCUGGUUUUCUCAUGGAUUCCAUGGGUCGGUUCUGCUGUUGACUAUGGUUCCAGACCAUACGAAUUCUUCGGUGAAAACAAGAAGAAGUACGGUGACAUUUAUUCUUUCCUUUUAUUAGGUAGAAUUAUGACUGUUUACUUAGGUCCAAAGGGUCAUGAAUUUAUUUUCAAUGCUAAAUUAGCUGAUGUUUCCGCUGAAGCUGCUUACGCUCAUUUAACUACUCCAGUUUUCGGUAAAGGUGUUAUCUAUGAUUGUCCAAACCACAGAUUAAUGGACCAAAAGAAGUUCGUUAAAGGUGCUUUGACCAAGGAUGCUUUCGUUAAGUACAUUCCAUUAAUGAUUGAAGAAAUGGAACAAUACUUCAGAACUUCUCCAUUCUUUGAUAUCAACAAGAAGAAAUCCAACACUGUUAACGUUUUAGCUACUCAAUCUGAAAUGACCAUUUUUACUGCUUCUAGAUCUUUAUUAGGUAAAGAAUUAAGAGAUAUGUUAAACACUGAUUUCGCUUACUUAUUCGGUGACUUAGACAAAGGUUUCACUCCAAUUAACUUCGUUUUCCCAAACUUGCCAUUAGAACAUUACAGAAAGAGAGAUAACGCUCAAAGAGUUAUUUCUUCCACUUACUUGAAAUUGAUUAAAAAGAGACGUGACAACAAUGAUAUCCAAGACAGAGAUUUAAUUGAUACUUUAUUAAAGAACUCUACUUACAAGGAUGGUGUUAAGAUGACUGAUCAAGAAAUUGCUAACUUAUUAAUUGGUGUUUUAAUGGGUGGUCAACAUACCUCUGCUGCUACUUCUGCCUGGAUCUUAUUACACUUAGCCGAGAGACCAGAUGUCCAAAAGGAAUUAUACGAUGAACAAAUGAGAGUCUUAGACGGUGGUAAAAAAGAGUUAACUUACGAAUUAUUAAACGAUCACAUGCCAUUAUUAAACCAAACCAUCAAGGAAGUUUUAAGAUUACAUCAUCCAUUGCAUUCUAUUCUAAGAAAGGUAAUGAGGGAUAUGCAAGUUCCAAAUUCUUCUUACGUUGUUCCAAAGGAUUACUAUGUUUUAGUUUCUCCAGGUUUCACUCAUUUGGAAGAUGCUUUCUUCCCAAAUGCUAAAGAAAUGAACAUUCACAGAUGGGAUAAUGAUUCUAACUCUUCUUACUCCGUCGGUGACGAAGUCGAUUACGGUUUCGGUGUUGUUACCAAGGGUGUCUCUUCUCCAUACUUACCAUUCGGUGGUGGUAGACACAGAUGUAUUGGUGAACAUUACGCUUACCUACAAAUCGGUGUCAUCAUGUCCGUUUUCGUUAGAACUUUCACCUGGAAGUUCCCAGAAGGUAUCACUUUACCAAAGCCAGAUUUCCAAAGUAUGGUUACUUUACCAUUAAACCCAGCUGAAAUCACUUGGGAAAAGAGAAACCCAGACCAAGUUAUUUAA